AAUGUCAAAAUUCGUUCAAAGAAAGAAAAAUAAUAUGAAAUUUCCGCUUCUUCUUCUUCUUCCUCCUCUCUUCCUCCUCAUCCUCUCCUGCUCUGCUUUGUCUGAUCAGCAACGCAAGGUUUAUGUCGUUUAUCUAGGAGAGCACAAAGGGCUCAAAACCAGUGAAGAAAUCUUGGACGACCAUCAUUCCCUUCUCCUCUCCGUGAAGAACAGUAAAGAGGAGGCCUUGGAUUCCGUAGUGUACAGCUACAAGCACACCAUCAAUGGCUUUGCUGCAUUGCUCACUGAAGAGGAAGCCAGGAAACUAUCCAAGAUGGAAGGGGUGGUUUCUGCCUUUCCUAGCGAAGGCAGGCUCUCCCCACACACAACCAGGUCAUGGCAGUUCAUAAUGCAGGAAGAAGGGUUCAAAAUUUUCGACAGUACUGACUGGGUGCAAAAACCUAAAAAGGAUGUCAUUAUUGGCAUGCUGGAUUCAGGUAUAUGGCCAGAGUCUGAGAGCUUCAGUGAUAGAGGAAUGAGUCGUUCUCCAAAACACUGGAGAGGAGUCUGCCAAGAAGGAGAUGCAUUCAACUCUUCUCACUGCAAUAUGAAGGUCAUUGGAGCUCGGUUCUACGUGAAGGCGUACGAGGCGUACCACGGCGCGCUAAACCGCAGCACCGCCUUCCGCUCCCCCCGCGACAACGACGGCCACGGCACCCACACGGCUUCUACUGUCGCCGGCCGCGCCGUGGCCGGGGUCUCCGCCCUUGGCGGCUUCGCCCGCGGCACCGCCUCCGGAGGCGCCCCCUUCGCCCGCCUCGCAGUCUACAAGGUCUGCUGGCCCAUCCCGGGCCCCAACCCCAACCUGGAGAACACCUGCUUCGACGCCGACAUGCUCGCCGCCUUCGACGACGCCGUCGCCGACGGCGUCGACGUGGUCAGCGUCUCCAUCGGCGCCGUCGGCGCCCCGCCCCCCUUCGCCAACGACGGCAUCGCCAUCGGCGCGCUCCACGCCGCGCGCCGCGGCAUCGUGGUAUCCUGCAGCGCCGGAAACAGCGGCCCGAUGCUGUCCACCGUCACCAACCUCGCGCCAUGGAUGAUCACCGUCGCCGCCAGCAGCAUCGACCGCGCCUUCGAUUCGCCGGUGCUCCUCGGCAACGGCGUCUCUAUCAUGGGCCAAACUGUGACGCCGUAUACAUUGAAGUCUUCAGUUUCUUACCCUUUAAUCUUCGCCGGCGACGCCGUGGUACCGGGCACUCCGGCCAAUGUUUCCGGGCAAUGCCUGCCGAAUUCUCUGGACGCCAAAAAGGUUAAAGGAAAGAUCGUGACGUGCCUGAGGGGGGCAGGUCUCCGGGUGGCCAAAGGACUGGAGGUCAAGAGGGCCGGCGGCGCCGCCAUCAUACUCGGCAACUCCGUCCCCAACGGCAACGAGAUCCCCGUCGACGCCCACGUCCUCGCCGGCACCGCCAUCUCCUCCGACGGCGCAAUCGCCCUCCUCGAAUACAUCAACAGCAGCUCCAACCCGACCGCCAAGAUCGCCCCGGCUCGGACCGUCUUGCACGUGUCGCCGGCGCCCGUCAUCGCCGGCUUCUCCUCCCGCGGCCCCAACCGGAUCGCGCCCAACCUUCUCAAGCCUGAUGUAGCUGCGCCAGGGUUGAACAUCCUUGCGGCAUGGAGCGGGUCAUCUUCUCCGACGAAGCUCGAGGAUGAUCGUCGGCGCGUCAAGUACAACAUCUACUCGGGUACCUCGAUGGCAUGCCCCCACGUUUCCGCCGUCGCCGCCCUUCUCAAGUCCAUCCACCCUAAGUGGAGCGAAGCCGCCAUCAGAUCCGCCAUCAUGACCACCGCCACAACCGAGGAUAGCCUAGGCAACCCGUUGACCGAUGCAUCGGGCCAAAUAGCGGGCCCAUUGGUUUAUGGGUCGGGCCACAUCCGCCCUGAGCACGCGUUAGAUCCGGGUUUGGUGUACGAUGCCUCCUACGAGGAUUAUCUUCUCUUCGCCUGCGCCAAUGCCGGGGCUGCUCCGCUAGACCCCGCCUUCCGCUGCCCGACGAACACAAGUGAAUAUCCCUUUGCUCUCAACUACCCGUCCAUCGCCGUCGGGACUCUGUAUGCGCCGGUGACGAUCAAGCGAACGGUGACCAACGUGGGCAACGGCUCGGCCCUCUACCGCGUUUCGGUCGUGGAGCCCAAAGACGUCGCCGUGGAAGUCGUACCGACAGUGUUGAAGUUCAAAAAGAUCAGACAGAAGAAGCGAUUCACCGUUACCCUCUCUGCGAGGGGGCGUUUCAACGUCGAUUAUGAGGAAGGAUCUUAUACUUGGUCCGAUGGCAUCCACGUCGUUAGAAGUCCAAUUGUCGUCUCUGUUUAAGCUUUCUUCUCCUUUCUUCCCUUUUCACUCUUUCUAAUAUAUAUACACAUUGAAACUGGGAAUAAAUGGAUGAUUGGGUGGGUUCAUUUGAAUCAAAUAUUGCUGGUAAUCAAAACCAUUUUUUAAUCAA